GCGGCGCGGUGGCUCGCUACCCAGCCGAGCUGGCUCUGUCGCCGCACCACCAGCUGCGGCUCUGGGACCUGCGGAUCGAGCCGGGGCUGGGAGCCGCCCGGGGCAGGGCUCGAGAGAGCGGGCCCCACCAUGAGGCUCCAGCCCCUUGGGAGCCCCUGCGCUCCCCUGGCCCCGGGCUCACCGUGCUAGCCCCAGGUUAGAACAAGGGCAGGCGCGGGGCCAUGGCCAGCCACGUGGACCUGCUCACAGAGCUGCAGCUGCUGGAGAAGGUGCCUACACUGGAGCGCCUGCGCGCAGCCCAGAAGCGCCGGGCUCAGCAGCUGAAGAAGUGGGCACAGUAUGAGCAGGACCUGCUUCAUCGCAAGCGCAAGCAUGAGCGGAAGCGCAGCACGGGUGGCCGUCGUAAGAAGGUGUCCUUCGAGGCCAGUGUAGCGUUGCUGGAAGCCUCACUCAGGAAUGACGCCGAAGAAGUACGCUACUUCCUGAAGAACAAGGUCAGCCCUGAUUUGUGCAAUGAGGAUGGAUUAACAGCCUUGCACCAGUGCUGCAUUGACAACUUUGAAGAGAUUGUCAAGCUGCUGCUUUCCCACGGUGCGAACGUGAACGCCAAAGACAACGAGCUGUGGACCCCCUUGCACGCGGCAGCCACCUGCGGCCACAUCAACCUGGUGAAGAUCCUCGUUCAGUAUGGGGCUGACUUGCUUGCUGUCAACUCUGAUGGAAACAUGCCAUAUGACCUCUGCGAGGAUGAACCCACCCUGGAUGUCAUCGAGACCUGCAUGGCGUACCAAGGCAUCACACAGGAGAAAAUCAACGAGAUGCGAGCAGCUCCUGAGCAGAAGAUGAUUUCAGACAUCCACUGCAUGAUAGCAGCGGGCCAAGAUCUCGACUGGAUAGAUGGCCAGGGUGCUACACUGCUACACAUAGCUGGAGCCAAUGGAUACCUGCGGGCAGCCGAGCUCCUCCUGGACCAUGGAGUGCGUGUGGAUGUGAAGGACUGGGAUGGCUGGGAGCCUCUGCACGCAGCAGCCUUCUGGGGACAGAUGCCAAUGGCAGAGCUGUUGGUGUCCCAUGGAGCUAGUCUCAGUGCCAGGACAUCCAUGGAUGAGAUGCCAAUAGACCUGUGUGAAGAGGAAGAAUUCAAGGUCCUGCUGUUGGAGCUGAAACACAAGCAUGAUGUGAUCAUGAAGUCGCAGCUGAGGCACAAGUCGUCCCUGAGCCGGAGGACAUCCAGUGCUGGCAGCCGUGGGAAGGUGGUGCGUCGAGCCAGCCUGUCAGACAGAACCAACCUAUACCGGAAAGAAUAUGAGGGGGAGGCCAUCUUGUGGCAGCAGCGGAGUGCAGCCGAGGACCAGCGUACUUCUACCUACAAUGGAGACAUCAGGGAGACCAGGACAGACCAGGAGAACAAGGACCCGAACCCCAGGCUGGAGAAGCCUGUGCUGCUCUCAGAAUUCUCUACCAAGAUCUCCCGGGGAGAACUGGAUGGGCCUGUGGAGAAUGGCCUCCGGGCUCCUGUCAGCACCUACCAGUAUGCACUGGCCAAUGGGGACAUAUGGAAGAUGCACGAGAUGCCUGACUACAGCAUGGCCUAUGGCAACCCCGGCGUGGCCGAUGUCCCCCCACCCUGGAGCGGCUUCAAGGAGCAGAGCCCCCAAACGCUCCUGGAGCUGAAGAGGCAGAGGGCCGCAGCCAAGCUGCUCAGCCACCCCUUCUUAAGCACCCACCUGGGCAGCAGUGUGGCCAGGUCAGGGGAGAGCAACAGUGAAGGCAAGGCCCCCUUGAUUGGAGGCAGAACUUCCCCCUACAGCAGCAACGGGACCUCGGUGUACUAUACAGUCACCAGCGGAGAUCCCCCGCUCCUGAAGUUCAAGGCCCCCAUGGAGGAGAUGGAGGAGAAAGUUCACGGCUGCUGCCGGAUCUCCUAGUGUCUGUGAACUGGAGGAGAGAGCUGCCUCGGAGAGGGGCCCCUGGAGUCCAAAGCCAGUCAGUCCAGCAGCCCUGGCUGGGGAGGUGUCGGGGCAGCCGGGGAGAGGUGGGAUCUGCUUUCCAGAGGAAUGCUGACCUUACCUCAUGCCCAGCUGCCCAUUGCAUCUCCAGUCCCUUCUGUGCUGCUUUCUUGCCUCACUCAAUGCCUGCAUCUGAAGUAUAGUGGGCCGACACACUCUGCAGUCUGAUUCAGGAAGGGUGGCUUGGGAUCUCAGUUCUGUACUUGAAACUAAAGGUUUCUUAGGAUGAGGAAUAACACCCCCCCUACACACACACACACACACACACACACACACACACACACACACACACACACACGGUCAAUUUAGUGUGUGAGAAUGCUACACCUGAGCUCUUGGGAAGCAGAUGGAGCUGAGAAAUUGUAGGUUAUCCCCAGAAGAAUGAGUUCAAGACAGUGUUGGCUCCACUGCCAACUGGCUUCCAUUGGGGAUAGGCCUGCUCAGCUGAGACCCACAGCUCUGAAGUCAUACCAGGCUGGGUCACUGUCACACCUAGCAGAGACAGGAAGUCCUAUGGGUUCAGGGAAGCCAGGAAUCCAUAUGGAUCAGGUUAGUGGGUCCAGGCCUGCUCCCCACAACCUUGCUGAGAGCUGUUCUUAUAUACAUGUCAGUAGGAAGGUGGGAAACUGUUCAAAGGUCAAGCUGGAAAGCCAGGCCAUCUAUGCUUAGAAGAAACCAAAUCUUGCUUUGGCCUUCGGUGGAAGCACAGGAGUUGGGUAAGGUGCAGCACACUGGUAUUUUCCAAACUGCGUUUGGUAAAAGCAUCCUUUGAGGCUGUAAGAUUCCAGGUGGGAGGCAACUGAAUUUGCCUUCUCCCAAGAUAGUGUCACAGUUGGGCUUUAUUGUCUGGUAUUUGAGAAAUGAAGUUCAUCAGGAGCUUCUGUUGGGGUGGGAGGCUCCCAGGGAAAAGGUGAGCACAUUGCUGAGAAGGCUGUGAUUAAUGUUGAUAGAACAGCAUCUUUAGCUGGUCUUCGUGGCUUUCAUGCUGUUUUGGUCCAGCCCAUCUCAGCCUACCCUUCUCAGCCUGAGCCACCACAUUGAGCAGUUGAGGCUUGCACCCCACCCUCCCACCUUACACGGUUGAGUCUGCAGAGUGGAUCCUCAGGCCCACGCCCCACCCAAGCUUUGCCUUUUCUGUCAUGCUAUCUAAAACAUGUUUGCCAAGCGCCACUUGUCGGCUCUUGCCUGGAGGUCUCAAAGCUCCCAGCCUGCUUUUCCUGGAGUGGUAAUGCCCAAAGCUGCAACCUGAGGUGCCCACAGCCACUGUCCUCUGCUGCAUUCAGGAGAGCGUGGCGUGGCUGGAGUUGGCUGUCGUCCCAGCUGUACAGCUUUGCUGCCCUUGUCUUCUUGAUGCUGGAGAAGGAAGCCCGUACCGCAUCACGACCACGCUUUCCCACAAACCCCUUGAAAUUGUGUUCCGUACCUUGAGUGCGACACACUGGCUCCAGCAAAACCUUCUGGGGCAACUGGCAAGCUACGAGUUUGUUCCUUGCUCUGUGCUCUUUUUCUUUGUUCUCAAACUACCUCCUUAGAGCCCCGAGAGGGUCCCUAUAUCAUUCGGAUGUAUGGGACAGAUACCCACUUCUUUAUGGCCCCCUAUGCCAUAUACCCUUAGUAGUUAGGCUUGCCCUUUGUUGGUCUCUGUCUCCACUGUGGCUUUAGGACCUCAGUAGACUAGAGAUGAAUCAGGACCUGACUAGAUUGGGAAAAUGCUUUAUUUAAACCAGGAGUGUGGGCCAGCAAGCACCCUGGAGGCUGCUGGAUGCAGAAGGAGGUGCACAACACUAGGUCAUCCCCACCCCAACUCCAGGACAGAUGGAAUCUGGAGUAGUGGGAUACUAUAGGAGACUAAAGACAGUUUCUGGAAUCCCUGGGGCCUCAGCUAGGCUCUGUAGCCCAUGGCUGAAAGAGGAGAUGAUCAAAACACGCACUUGUGGCUUUAAACUUUUAGCCCUGACAGACACGGAAGUGCCCUCUGGAGAUGACUUUAACCACAAGGUGGGCAGUUUCCCAGGCAGCCAGCUAUAUACUCCUAGGAGUCAGCUGCCCAGGGUUUCUGAGCUCUUUGCUCAGGGGCCAGAGAAUGAAGGCAUUUAUUGCCUUCUCUGAGCCAUUCAGGCCAUUUCUCCUCCACACCUAGCACUUCUUCCUGCCUCCUGGGCCAUUCUUUUCUACCUGAGGGGUGGGAAACUCAGCUGCCUCCUCCAUGGAAGCUAGUCCCAAACAGUGUGGGUUCAUAAGCGUUUGUUCAUGUUUUCCACCAGGGAUAAACAAAUGUUCCCUGUUCAGGCUCCAGGUCCCCAGGGCACUUUGUGACUCUUUGGAAUAUUGAGAGCCACGAUGAGGAACAGUCUCCAGCACAUGAGCCAGGGCCACCCACCCAUCCGCUCAUGUGAUGUAUUGAGGUGCUGAGACACACCAGAUGUGCUGUUAGUUUCAGCAGAUAAUGGACUAGCCAGGCAGUGAAGACUUUGAUCUCUUGAGGACUGUAGGCAUCCCCAGACUCAUCCAUUAUUCUAAUUGGAGUGCCUCCAUCCCAGACCAGCGCCCCUGUGCUUUGCAGCACCUGCAGUUCUUAGAGUGUGAAUCUCUUUAGGUGGGACACAGCUUUCUGUCCACACCUAGAUAACAUUUGCCACUAAGUGCAGAGGCUAGAUCUCAGGUGCCAGGCAGACACCAUACUGGUCUAUCUAGAACCUUCAGAGGUAGCCUUCAGGCUAGCAUCCAUAUAACAAUAUAACAGCAGUCUAAGGUCAGUGCCUAGAAGAACUGGAAGUCUGCAAUUUGCUGUCAAAAUCAUCCGUAGCAUUUACAGCCCGCCUGCUCGUGUUUUGCUCAUGAAUCAUACAUUCUUCUCCCCUAUACCACCAAUAUUAAACAUUUCCAUGUGUGUCAUCCUUUCUCCCUGGAAGGUAUGGAUCCAAGGGCUGUCAAUGGGGGAGCCUGUCGAGGUUGACCAGAUGGCUCACUCCUACUGAAGACAUCUAUUUGCAAACCAGGUGUGCUGCAGUUCCCUGUGAGCUGUGGUUCUUUGCACCCACCUUACGCUCCCCCAAACUAUUAGAAAUUGGUAGCUAUCACCAGAUUGUGAAUUUCUGGCCAGUAGCUCAGGGAAUUGGAAUGAAUCCUAAACCCAGGUCUACUGAAGACUUUGGGGAUAUAAUUCUUUAUCAAAUAUGCAGCAUUAAUGAAGCUUCUCUGCACUAUUUGAUUAACUUUUAGAUGUUUGGAAAGCUUGCCAGAGUGUGGCCCUCAGCCAGGUCUAGUGGCACACACCUUUAAUCCCAGCACAAAGGAGGCAGAGGCAUGUGGCACAUUUCUGAGUUCCAGGCCAGCCAGGGCUACACGGAGAAACCCUGUCUCAAAAAAACCAAAUAAAACAUAAAAAUAUGGCCUCUGGGUUGGGUUAACACAGUCUAGCUUUGUAACAAUGGGAGACUCCUGGUUCUUAGUGUUCGAUACUCUCUGGUCCUGGGUGUUCUCUCCUACCUGCUCUCCCAAAGCAGGAUAUUUUCCAGAGGGCCCAUCCUUAUGUGAUGUCAGGACUGUCUGAACUCUUGUUAUUUGUAGCCUGGUGAUAUCCCCUUCUUCCCCAGGGCACAGAAAAGCCAGGGGUCAUAUGGCCAGGGCCGGCAGCUCCACUGAAGUGACCUACCACUUUUCUAGAAAGCCCGAGACCUCUCCCUUGUUGGCCAGAGGGCCUGCUUCUCAUGGGCACUUCAAAUGCCACUGUGCGGAGCCUGGCUCUGCACACCCAGGAUAAGUCUGCAGAUGCCCAGCCCUCCGCAAUAAUUCACCAGACCAGAAGCCACUGAUGUACAGAGAACACUUAAGAAAAAAAAAAUGUAUUUUAUGUGAAAAAAGUUAAAACUCUGUAUACUGUAUCAGCAGCUUUGUGUAAAAAAUGGCAAUCAAAAGAGUCUAAUAUAUUUAAAACUUUUUUUAAAAAAAUAUUCUCAUGGAUCUUUGAUAUUGUAUUGAAGUAGCUCCAUGCCUCCAAGAUGGGGUCUGACCAUUAUCACCAAGGGGCCUGUGCCUCUGGAGUUCCCUCCAGCUGCCAAGGCCUGUGACAGAAUUCGCUGUUAUGGAUUUUUAAUUAAGAUUAUUAAAUUCCUUUUAAUAACA